CCCCGACAGGCAGCACUAACAGAUACUACGAGCUGCUCUGCUAUUGGCCCGUCGGUAUCGAAAGGCUUCGUGUCAGAGCCAGCUUAAAAAGACACAGGAUUGUAGUAAAACACACACACACACACACACAGAGGAAGAGAGAGAGAGAGAGAGGAAGAGAGAGAGAGAGAGCGUGUGUCAGACCGGCAGCAGCGUGCUGCUUCCGAGAAACCGCGGAGGAGUGCUUUAUAGGAGCGGGGCUGGUUAAAGUAGUCUUUUCAUACUCAGGUAUAUGCAGCCUGCACCUGGGUCAUGUUAUAGUCACCUACAGCUUCGUCUUCCUUUUCACUGGUAACCAGAUGAGGAAACCUCUCUGUUUCCUGCUUCUCUCGCUUCAGUCGAUCCGCUCUGAGCUCAGCAUCGCGCAGACAGAGCAAACUGCUUUAAACACGCAUCAUGGUCGCCGGUGAGCUCGUGCAGGAGCAUCUGCGCGCGGAUACCGGCGCACCUGACGACAUCACGGUCGGCAGGAAAGAAGUGGAGGCGGAUGCGGGCGAGGAGCGGUACGCGGAACAGACAUACGGAGCGGCGCAGACGGGCGGGGCGGGGGAGCCAGACGCAAAACGGGCGCUAGAGCUGGAGGAGGAAAAGGAGGCGCCGCCUGAUGAAAGAGAGGUGAUGCUGCCUAACGGAGGAGGAGGAGGAGGAAAAGGCGAUGCAGAGGAGGAGGAAGGGAAAAGGCUGGAGACGAGGCUGUACCGGCGCCGGUUCGCCGUGCUGACCGUUUUCAGCCUGUACUCCCUGGUGAACGCCUUCCAGUGGAUCCAGUACAGCAUCAUCACCAAUGUGUUCACCCAGUACUACGGGGUGACCAACGACAAGGUGGACUGGCUCUCCAUCGUCUACAUGGUGGCAUACGUGCCGCUCAUCUUCCCUGCCACCUGGCUGCUGGACCGGAAGGGUCUGCGCUUAACGGCCCUAUUAGGCGCCGGCCUCAACUGCGCCGGCGCCUGGCUCAAGUGCGGCAGCGUAAGCCCCGAGCUGUUCGGAGUCACCAUCACUGCGCAGGUCAUCUGCUCCGUGGCGCAGGUGUUCAUCCUCGGCCUGCCUUCCCGCGUGGCCUCGGUGUGGUUCGGACCGCGAGAGGUCUCCACCGCGUGCGCCACGGCAGUGCUGGGAAACCAGUUGGGGACAGCCAUUGGCUUCCUGCUGCCCCCUGUUUUGGUUCCUAACACUCCCGAUGAUGUUGAACUCACAGGUCACAACAUCAGCAUCAUGUUCUACGGCACAGCCGCCGUCUCCACGGUCCUCUUCAUCCUUGCAGUUUUAGUCAUAAAAGACAGACCUCCUCUCCCUCCCAGCCAAGCCCAGGCUGUGUUACCGGACUCCCCUCCUGAAGAUUACUCCUACAAACAGUCCAUCCUCAACCUGGCGAAGAAUAAAGCCUUCGUCCUGCUGCUCAUCAGCUACGGUAUAAUGACUGGCUCCUUCUACUCCGUCUCAACACUUCUCAACCAGAUGAUCAUGGCCUGCUAUGAGAACCAGGAGCUGAAUGCUGGGAGAAUCGGUUUGACUCUGGUUGUUGCCGGGAUGGUCGGAUCCAUCCUCUGUGGCCUGUGGCUGGACCGCACCAAGUUGUACAAGAUCACAACUCUGAUCGUGUACAUCCUGUCGUUUCUGGGCAUGCUGGUCUUCACCUUCACGCUCGACCUCGAGAACAUCUACUUGGUCUUCAUCACUGCGGGAGUCCUGGGGUUCUUCAUGACCGGGUACUUGCCCCUGGGCUUUGAGUUUGGGGUGGAGAUCACCUACCCCGAGUCUGAGGGGACAUCAUCAGGACUCCUCAAUGCUUUUGCUCAGAUAUUUGGGAUCAUUUUCACUCUGAUUCAGGGAAAACUGACCACAGACCACGGCCCACUGGCUGGGAAUCUCUUUCUCUGUGCCUGGAUCUUCCUGGGAAUCAUUCUUACAGCCUUAAUCAAGUCAGAACUGAAAAGACACAACGUGAACAUGGGAGCAGACAGCAAGCACCUGCAAGCACUUCCUACCGAUUGUCCCGGGGACUGCCCUUCAAAAAGGAAAUCCAACGGAGUCCAGCUGGAGCCCUCGGUCAGCUUCUCCCGUGAAACAUCACUGUGACCCACAGAGUCACAGACGGGCGUCUCUGCUCCCCUGAGGAACAAGCUGGCAUCACAGGCCAGCCAAGUCUAAUGUCCUCCUCAACAACUGAAAAGCUGGAGGCACCAGGUGUGAGCCCGAUCUAGUCAAACACAGCCACAGGUGAUUCAGGCCACGGCACAGGGAGGGAGUUUGACUCCUCUUAAAGUCACCUGGAUGAGCUGAGGUGGACUGAUUUAUUAAAAAAAAAAAAAAAAAAAAAAGUAUGGAGGCAAAGACAUGCAGAAGGAGCUCCGCUGCACUUUAUUUGUACUGUAAGUAAAUGAUGGCACUCUUACCUGGUUAUUGAAUGGAAAUGAAGUUAAUGACAGAAAACUGGUAAAACCUUGUAGUUCCUGGACGACUAUCACACUGGUCCCUGUAACACUACUGGACCAUAAAAGGAGCUGAAUCGUUUUAUACUGCCACAGAUGUUAGGCCACCAUUUCCUGAGUUUACCUAAGUUAUUCAUUCAUGAGCUACUGCAGACUGCAGAUAUGGUAAAUAUUUAUUAACGUUGUUUAUAAAUAUUGUUACAUGGCAUUAGAAUCAAAGAGGUACUCUGACUCAGAUUAACUCCUGAAAUCUGUUUCAAAAUGGCUUCAUUGAAGAAUAAUGGACAUGCUUAUUUUUUAAAAAGAAGAAUGAAUUUCCAUAUACUGUAGUUAAAAGAUGGAUGCAGCCGCUGUGACAUCACCCACCCACAUUUUAAACCCUCAAUGUUAGCAGUUUGGCAGCUGCCGUGUUAUUUAUUUCUUUUGGAGCCAGAAGUGAGACCGUACUGAGACGACAGGGUGGAGCAGUAGCAAGGGCUCAGCUAGCUUGGCAAGCUUUGCUAACAAGCUGCAUCCACAAAGUGUGCAGGUGCACAAAUCCUGAUUUUAAAUAAAGUAACAGACCAAUAAGUUAUUAGGAUUUCACUCACCAAAGCCACUAUAAAUGCUUCAAAAGGCACCAACAAGGUCUAGACAUCAAAUUCAGUGACUGAAAUAAAAAACUAGCAUAAAGCUAGCUGCCUGUGUGGCACACCUGUUAAAUAAAGCAGCCACACCCUAACUUUAAGCCUUAAUAGUAUUCAAAUGGCUGAGUUAAAAAAAAAAAGCCCUAGUAUAGUUAUCAUGACAGGAGAAAUUUGCUUAGCCCAGCAGUUUCUUGAACCAUGCUGCAAACAUUUUACUGCUGAAGUUUGUGGGAGUCUCUGACUCACUUUUAGGGCCAGCCCCAAGUGGCCAUUAGAGGAACUGCACCUCACCAUUCAACUGAUUUUUCAUCCCUUAAAUUUGUAACUUGUGCAGUUCAGAGGCAAGCAAGCGAUUGCAAUCACUUCUCAUGGUUUGUGCACAGUAAUGGUCACACCAAGUGUCAAUAAUAAUAUACAUUAAGUUAAAUGCAUCUCACUUAGAUGACAUCUAAAAAUCCUCAUGAGGCCCUCAUAGCUUUUCAUUGCUGCUUUUCUUAAUCACAGUUUACACAUGGACCUAUAAUCUUUCUGGCUGACUUAAUGUACCUAUUUGAUACAUCAAAAAAAUGAUGAUUCAGUAAUUAAGGAGAAGAGUAAAAUGCUGAGGUGCAUCUUUGAGCAGCUUUGCUCACAAAGAGCGAGUGGAGGUGCAUAAGAGUCUGUUUAUUUACCCCCACCAACCACCAGGGGAGGAUGUAGGCGUAACUGUCAAAACACUAUGGUCAUGAUUAUUUUUCUAAUAAUUUAUAUGUGUAAUGCUCACAUUACUUAUUUCCUUUUCUAAGAACUUUUUUUAUAUCAAGAAGUUACAGCAGCCACAUCUUAAUGUGAACAAAUCAGUUUAGUUUUCAUUUCUGCGAACUCGACUGAAACCUGAUGGUUCAGCAGUAAAACAGAUUAUGUAAUGUGUAAAUAUGUGACUGACUCGGACGGCUUCUGAAAACACAAAUGAGCUGCAGUGUUUUCCAACCUGGGACCAAACGGAACGUGAAGAUGUUCUGAGUUCAGCGCACAACAUGAAACACGGCACAACUCGGAGCCUUUUUCUGGAAUACUUGAUUCCGAUGUGUUUUUAAUGUUUCUCUCCUGCCCGUCACGUCUGCAUGUCACAGCUGUGAGACGGGAAGCAGAGAGAAGAGGAAGCACAAAAGUCUGAUUUUCAUUUUCAGAGCGAUUAUGUUUGUCUGCAGCCAUCUUUAAGUAUUCAUAAAAGUUUCAUCUUUUAAAGUCUUGCAGCCUCCUUCGAGUUAGCUGACAUGAAGCCUCUCUGCAUGUUUGUGUUCAGAUUUGUUGUUUUCAGUUAUUUGGCAUCUCUAUGAGAGGACAGACCGGCCGGACUCUUCAGCAGACGUGUCCUUGUUGGACUUUGACAAACGGGGCCAGUCUCGGUACUUUAUGGGCUGCCUAAAAAAAUCUGACCCACCAUCACAGAUGUUUAUCUGUCCAUUCUUUUGUCCUUUUAUUUAAAGAUGUAGAAGCGGAGUAAGAGCGUAGAUUUUCUACCUCCGUUUAUGAUCAUUCUCUGGUAAAAAUAUAUUUAUUUUUCUAUAUUUUCAGCAGUCUCACAUCAAUCUCACAUCUUCAGCAGGAUUCAUGUCGGCUAACAUGCUUUCCUCAAAAAACUUCAGCGGCUGCAACAGUUUCCAGACCGCUCUGGUCUAGAAGUGUUGGUUGCUCUGAAAAGUAAAAUGGCUACAGUAUUUCAAGAAAAAUUAGAAGCAUUAUUUGGCAAUUAAACGCUGAUACCACAACCUCAGACGGAGGCACUUUACUUUUUAUACCCCACCUGUAUUAUGGUCACAUGUUUCUCCAAGCUGCUGAUUAUGUAUAAAACUUUUAGGAAUAUUUUAAAUAUUUUUCCUGUUUUCUGGCUCUUUGCUAAUGAAAAUUUAACUUUUAUUUGACUUUUUCUCAUUUUUGUCACUUUUAGAGAAUACUGUAAGUUUUGGAGUCUGACAUUUAAUUUCUAUAAUUAAUUAUAAUUAAAAUAUAUAAUUUUAUUUAUUGAUUUUUGUCAAUUUAGUUUCUUUAUUUUUUCCCAAGUUACAGAAAAUAGCACUUAAAAUUAUGAUGGGGUGAACAGCACACGGCCUUGUUUUGGCAGUUCACAUCCAGGUUUGAGCAUUUCUUCAUGUAACAUGAAUAAAUGAUGUGGAAUCAUAAAGCAUAUGAUGCUUCAUCUGUUUUGGGUUUACUGUUUACACCAAAAGGAUCAUUGCAUCUAUCGGUUAUUUUAUAUUGCCAAUAAAAUCUGUCUGUGCAGCAGAUGUUCUUUUAUACUUUCUGUUGUCAUGACUGAUUUAUAAUAACAUGCAGCUGAAGGCAAAUGCAUUUCCACCAAAGCGAGGACACAAUGUCUAUUUUUCUCCUCCACAGUUUCAUCUUUAAAGCUGAAAUAGACCAAAACAUGCACACCGGUCAGCACAAAAUUUAAAAAUCUGAAAUGUAUAUUGGGGAAAAUGGUGCAUAUGGACAUAAAUUUGGUGCUGUGUGAGUAAAAAGUGGUGCUCUGAUCCACAGUAUGACUCAGUGAUGCAGAAUAUAUGAGAAUUAAGAAACAACACUUAUUAACUGGAUACAUUAUUUCUUGUUUUGUGUCUUUGUAGAGGACUUGUUGACUGUAACAAACAUGUUGGCUGCAUCUGUAAACUAAAUCUCGAUGCCAGUUAUUGUUAAAUAUCUAAGAAGCCACGUGCUGUGAUGACUUCCUGUUAAUAAGGAAGAGGCUGAAAGUAGAUUUUAUUUUCAAAUCAUUUUUUUUAUCCUGUGAAACUGUUUCUGUUGAAAUCAGUCUUGGAGUUUCCUCAGUGUCAAUAAAAGCAUUUUCCUACA